ACAGCUGAUUGAUUAGCGCAGCGAAACUAGGCAACAGACGAAGCAGCUGUGCGAAUUGUGAUCAAGUACGAGGACACAAGCAGUAAGAUGGAUCCAGCAGCUGUACAAACACGUUAUGAAGACGUCUGCCUGGAGUUAAACGUCAAACCAAAUCCAUUUAUCAUGAAGGUGCUGGACAAGGAGAGAGAUGAACAAAUCAUUACUGAUAAACAUGGCAAUAGGAUAAGUGACCCCAAAGACUUCAUGGAGAUGGAGAUGCCAGGGAACAACCAUCUCCUGACAAACAAGAUGCUCCAGGACGAGGAUGCCUAUGUUCUCCUGAAGGUCCUUGCCAAUAAUACCUACGUCUCAGGGUUGGAUCUGAGGUACAACCAGAUCACUGACAAAGGUGCAGAACACAUUGCAGAAUUGCUGAAGGAAACCUGUGCUUUGAAGAGACUGAGUCUGAUGUGUAAUGAUCUUGGUCCGGAGGGAGGUGCCAUAAUCGCCAGUGGUCUUCAGGUAAAUGAGACGCUUCAAGAGCUGAAGCUAAAUGGUAAUAAGAUAGGGAAUAAAGGAGGCAUGGCUCUAGCUGGUGUGUUACAGGUCAACACAGCUUUACAAUCAUUAGACAUCGGAGACACCGACCAGGACACUCAAAGCAUGAUUGCCUUCACCACAGUCCUGAACUACAACAGCACUUUGAAGGUUCUUUGCAUGAACCGCCCUCUGUUGUUCAGUCAGCAGGAGGAGACGACUAUCCACUUUGCCAAGAUGCUGAAGGUCAACAGCACCCUGACCGAACUCCACCUGCAGAAGUGCGACAUCAAGGACACGGGAGCGGAGAGGCUCUCCGAGAUGCUGGUGGAGAAUAUCGGGCUCAAGUAUCUGGAUCUUGCUUGUAACAAGAUCAGGAGAGAUGGGGCCAAGUACCUAUCUAGAGUCCUCAUGAAGAACACUCCACUUGAGAUCCUAGACUUGGGCCAUAACUGCAUCGAGGAUGACGGAGCAAUGGACCUGAGCAGAUCACUCAUGGACAUGAACAGUAACCUGCACACGUUAGUUAUCACAAGUAAUAACAUCAGAGCGCAAGGUUUAUGUGCCAUAGCCAGAGCCAUGGAGAACAAUCCUAAUUUCAACAGCGUGUUUAUCUGGGGCAAUCACCAUGAAGAAGAUGCCUGUAAUGCUUUCCACCAACUGAUAGAGGGCGGUAAACUAGCUUUAGAAAGGACAGAUGUGAAACCUUACGUUGUUGACGGUCAAGUCUACCUUUCUGAGCUCUCACAUGGUCUCCAAAGGCAUUACUAUUGGACGCCAUUCUACGGUCCCGAUGUGAAAAAUGAUAAGAUCUGAGUUGGCUUCAUUCUAAAUUCUUUAUCGAUGCCAGCAUGUUAAAACCUUGAAUCUCAAAAUUGAAAAAAAAAUUGAGGGCUGAGCUGUAUUUUAGAAAUAUGGCAAUGGUGGCACACUCAUAUUGUUUGAAAGUAGUCGCUUAAUUCUUGUAGAGAAUUCUUCGUAGGCAAAAGUAGGUUGCUACUCAAUGUCAUAACUCUAAAAUCAAGGUUUUAACACCCCAUCAAUGUUAUUUAUUACUUGUAUUUAUGACAACCACUGUUUUAAAAGAAAAGCGAGAGGAUUUUUGUGUUUAUAGGAACCUUGUAGUUUACAUGAAAAUUUUAUGCUGUAUAACAAGAAUUUAAAAUGGACAAAUCAAGGAUUUUCUUGUCAUUCACAACCAUUUAAUGAACAUGCCUUUAAAGUCGGUGUGAUGUAGUAAAACUGCAGACAACAGACUGGUAGUUACUCCAACCAGCUUGGUAUAAUUUGAGCUGUUACACAACUACUCUGUAUUUGUUCACCUGUUGUGUUUUAUGUCCCCCUUUACUUUAUUCUCUUCCUUCAUAGGAAAAUUCAUUGCUUCCGAUCGUUUUUGUUGUCCGUUCGUUUGAAUUAUGCAAAUGCGCAGUGGAAAGUAAAUGUAAAGAUAUCCGAUAUUUGACAGAGUAAAAUUGGUUGGGGUAGAGCUUUGAACUCUGUUCUUUUCAUAUUGAAAGGGAUGGUCCAGGCUGGAAAUAUUCAUAUCUCAAUAAAUAGAGUAAAAUUCACAGAGCAAAAUGCUGAAAAUUUGAUCAAAAUCGGAUAACAAAGUUAUUGAAUUUUAAAGAUUUCCAUAUUCCGGUGAAACAGUUCUAGGCAUGUCUUUAUGAAUAUUCAUUAGGUGGGCUGAUUAUGUCAUAUCCCCACUUGUUCUUUUGUAUUUUAUUUAUGAAAAUUGAAAUUAGGUUUAUUCAAUAUUUUUCUACCAAGAACUAAACAAUUGGAUUGACAACUGAUUAAGUGCAUUAGUUAUUUAUUGCCGCAACUUAUUUCAUUACAAUGGAGACACAUCAUUUACACAUGUAUGAAAAAAUGAAACAUCUAUGAUUUCAUGUAAUAACAUAAGAAAAAGGAAAGUGGAGAUGUGACAUCAACAGCCCACCUAAUGAAUAUUCAUGACAAUCUGCAUAUAACUAUUUCACAAAAUAUUGAUAAACUUUAAAAUUCAAUAACUUUGCUAUCCAAUUUUGAUGAAAUUUUCAGCAUUUUGCUCUGUGAAUUUUACUCUAUUUAUUUAGAUAUAAAUAUUUUCAGCUCGGACCAUCCCUUUAUAGCCUGAUGUACCAGCUUAAAGCUAAGUUCACGUUCUGGGAAAGAAAUCUAAUUUUGAUAGGAAAUGGUUGGAAGCCAUCUUAAAGUGUUGAUCAUACGCCGGAAUGGUUCUUGAGAACAACAAAGUUCAAUUGAAAUAAUUCAGGCUUGCUUGAAAUUAUAUAAUUUCAUGAACAUGUAUUUUUUCUGGUGUAGCUAAUACUAGCUAUAAACACAGGAAACAACAUGUGGGACCACACUGUUAAUGGACGGGAAUUUUUCUGUAAUUAUUCAAAUCUUCAUUUGCUCUUUACAUUUUCCAGAAAAACUGGCAGAUGUUUAUUUUAUAAUUCUGUGUAAGAUUUGUUCAAUUCUGUUAACAGUUUACAUUAUGUUGUUACCAGAACCAGAGUUCAUCGUUAUAUAAGUAGAAUGGUCACGGUGAUCGUGAAUAUAUAUUUUUUUCAUGAAGUUUCUACUAUUUAUAUAGUAUACUCACAGAUCUUGUUUUAUAUAAAAUGUGUACAUCAGUUGUUAUUGCUCUGCUAAAGUCUUGGUGCACAAGUUCUGUUUUUAUGUUAGUUAAAAACAAAUAUAUUCAGUUUUUUUCUAACUGAUUAUUCAUAGGAUGAUAAUCUUAUUCAAUUGGUCGCUUUUGCUGGGUGCGGAAAAAUAUGAUUUUAAAAACCAACUGCUACUGCUAUAAUGUUUGCUAAUUACUUGUAUGUUAUUCAUUCCACCAAAUCUUGUUUUCCUUUUUUCCUUCCAUUAUUUGCAUGGUUAAAGCCAGCUCGGUGUUUUUAUAACUACACAACAGAUGCAAUUUGAAAUUAUAAAGGUGCAACUGCAAAUGUGACACAUUUUGUUGAUUUUCAGACACAAUGCUAUUUCUUGUCCACAGUGGACAUGUUAACUCUCGGUGUGACUUGAUAUGCAUCUUACUUAAUAUCUUUAAGAAAAGCUUUGGUCCAAAAGGUACUACAAGUUGCUUAGCUCAGCCAAAAGACAAGCUGAAAACUUUCAGUGUCAAAUAUUACAGUUGAAUCAUUUGUGCUGCUCUUUUUACUUCAAAUUUUUUUUACUGAAAAUCAAGUGAAUGUUAUGCAAUUCUAUUUUCAUUCCGUCCACUCUUAUACCUUGGAAAUGAGUUACAUGUGACAUGUUUUUAUAAUUUAUCUUGUAAAAAGACUACUCAUGAUUGCUUUCUCUACAUGUAAAUACAGUGUAUAUAGAAGUAUACAAAGCGUAAGAUAUAUUAUGAUUGUUCCAACGUUGUGGUUAUAAAUAAAAGAGACCAUUAAAACAAGCCAA